UUGCCAUUUAACCCUAACAUUAAUAAUUAUUAUCAUGAUUGAAUAACCAAUGUGCCUCUCUCUCUUUCUCUCUCUGACACCCCUCAUCAUUACCCCUAUUACCCCUAUUCUACCUCUCUUUUUCCCAUCUCUCUCUGUCUAUCAAAAUACACUUCUCCAAUGUAUGUAUAAAUCGCAUCUAAUCCUUCAACCUUUUUACUGUUGUCCCACUCUCACCCCACUCCUCCAUUCUCUUAAACCAUGGCUACUCCCGAUGAGAAAGAGAAGAUGAGUUUGGGUUUGAGUCUCAGCUUAGGAUCAUUUGGAGAUAAUAAUAAUAAUAAUAAUAACAAUAAUAAGAACGAAGAGCAAGAAGCUUUGAAGCUCAAUCUCAUCCAGAAGCCUCUACCUCAAUCAUUUCCAAACCAUAGGCUUUCCUUCAACAACUUGUUUCCUUUUCAUGAUCUGAGCUCCGAGACGAGGUCGUUCCUUCGCGGAAUAGACGUUAAUUCGGCGCCGACGUUUACGGCGGCGACGGCGGCAUGCGAAGACGAGAACGGCGUCUCGUCGCCGAACAGCACGGUGUCGAGCAUCAGCGGUAAGCGGAGCGAGAGGGAACCCAACGGAAACGACGAGAACGAAGCCGCAGAGAGAGCCUCGUAUUCUAGAGGGAGCGACGAAGAAGACGGCGGCGGAAUCGGCGGCGAUGCCGACGGGGAUAGUUCGAGAAAGAAGCUGCGGUUGUCCAAGGAGCAGGCGGUGGUUCUGGAAGAGACCUUCAAGGAGUACAACACUCUCAACCCGAAACAAAAGCAAGCAUUGGCAAAGCAGUUGAAUCUGAGGCCUAGACAGGUGGAGGUGUGGUUUCAGAACAGAAGAGCAAGGACCAAAUUGAAGCAAACUGAAGUUGAUUGUGAAUACUUGAAAAGAUGUUGUGAGAAUCUAACUGAAGAGAAUAGGAGGUUGCAAAAGGAAGUGCAAGAGCUUAGAGCAUUGAAGUUAUCACCACAACUUUACAUGCACAUGAACCCUCCCACCACCCUUACAAUGUGCCCUUCAUGUGAGCGUGUAGCCGUCUCGUCCACCGGAUCCUCCUCCUCGUCGGCCACCAUGCAAUCCGCCCCUGCCUCAGCUAGUCAAAACCAAAUGGGACCUAACAUUCAGCGGCCGGUUCCUGUCAAUCCAUGGGGAGCAAUGUCACUUCAACGCCGGCCCAUCGAGAGCCCGACUACCCGGCCAUAACUAUGAAGCUCAGAAUGAGGACAAGGGCAUUGCUGUUUUUCUAGGCAAAAUUGCAUAAAUGAAUUGAUGCAAUUAGGGAACACUAGGUUUACAAAGACUUUUUAUUUAAGAUUAUGACUCUGGUUAACAUUUUCAGUCUAGGCUCAUUUUAAUUAUGCUAAGACCUAGCUAGGUAUAACAUGUUUUAAGUGAACCUUAGGAUAUGUAAAGUGUGGACAUGCUAAAGUAGGUUGUGUCUUCCAUAUGCUGAAAAGUUUUUUUUGUUAGCCUUGAAAAGAUGAAGGGAAAAAAAAAGAAUCCGAAUCUGUUUUGGUAUUUCUCAUAGAUUCUUUAAUACCACUUGCUCAUGGAAAGGUGGGAUUUUGUGCAGAUUUUGAGGGGACAAUUAAGGGAAUCUCAUGUCCAAAAUGACUGUGGUCUCCAUUACAAAUGAUUUUGUCCAACUUUUGUUCAGAUU